UCGAGAGAGAGAGAAAGAGAAUGGAAGCACUAUAUGGAGUUUCUUCUGGAAACUUUGACAUCAAGUCACCGGCGGACAAGUUCUUUACAUCUUUCACCGACGACAUAGAUAGCACUUUUGACAUAAUAUCGAAGGAGAAGAUCACUGAGUCUGUGGGUUGGGAGAAAAGAACAGUGACGUUGAAUAUGUGUGGAAAUCUAGUCUCGGAUAGCUACAAUACUUUCAAAGCAACCAUCACGGUCACUCCCAAGGAAGAUGAGACCGAUGGUAGCCGUGUGGUGUGGACCGUCGAGUACGAGAAGAUCCGUCAUGACAUUGGAGAUCCAAUGUGGAUCAUCGACAUUCUUAUCAAUUACUUAAAGGAGACUGAUGAAUAUCUUUGUAUGUAGUUUUUUUAAAUCACAAGGUGCGUAUUUAGUUAGGAUAUAACCUAACAUCUUAGGUGAAAUGGGAUUUAAAUAUGUUUCUACGUUUAUUGCAUUA